AACAGAAUAACCUUCUGGCAUAUUCAGUCUAAAAAGUUCAUUUAUCAAGCUGUUCUCCCAUUGAAUAAAGUUAUGGCAUCUUGGAAUCAUAGGCCCUCCCUCACUUUAGGAUCAGUGGCCUGCUUCAAAGUUACAUCUAUGUAAAGAGGGUUGGCUGCAGUUCCCUGCACGGUCUGGAGCGGCGCUGUGCAAGUGAAACCAAUGAAGGGGCCGAAGUGCUGCGUCCAUUUCACUGUCAGGUCGGGCUAUGCUAGAGUCUGCCCACAAAGAUAAUAUUGUGAUGGCAUAUACCCACGUAAGCGACGUAAACAUGCCGUGCCCGUCCACCGCCUCACGUUACCCUGACAACAUAGCCGUGUAGCAGCGGCGCCAAGCGUGACCCCGCCCUCUGCUGAUUAAAAAUGACGUCCGCAAUGUCGCGAACUAGUGACGUUCCCAUGAAGCUCCACUAGAACCUUAUGUCUCCAGACCAGGAGACAUUUUGGCGGUGAUACUCCUUUAACUAAACAGAAGGACGUCUACGGGAAUAUGUCAGCUGCGAGGUCCUACUGUUGCGUUAAGAUCAACUUGUGUAAAAGCUAAGAGGGGAUUCUGUCAUAGAGCGCGCCAGGCAGAGGAUCGUGACUGUACCAGGCGCUUGUGUGCGGCUUCUGUCUGCAUGGGUUGUACUGGAGAUGUGCCAUAAGGGAUUAUAAACCAUGAGUAGUACAAUGGAUUUUGGAAGCUGGAACAUAUGUGAAGAGACAGUGGUUCUUCAAGGAGCUCUACUGUUAGCAGAAAAAGUCACCUCACAGAAAACUUUGCUGGAGUUUAAAAAGACUGAAUGGCCUCUGGUCGAGAAGCCGAUCACAAAUGCUUUAAAAGAAAUCAGCUCAGGUAGCUGGUCAAAAAGCCAUGAAUGGAGAAAGAAAGUCAUUGCAAUAUUUUGGGCCAAAGUACUGUCAUGUCAACCACAACUCUCCUUAGAUGGAAACUUUGAUAUUGAUAGGAGAUGGAAAGAAGAUGUGUUCUUUCCUGUGGAAAACAUGAUCCCAAAAAUGAAUCGCACUGUUUUGUUUGAAGUACUCAAAGCCACGAAAGCAGCGGACGUAUUUGCAGAGCUUCUUUUGGCACUGCCGACAGAAUUUUGGGUGAAAGAAGCAUCCUUGUUGUUAAACCACAUUUAUGAAAACACUUCCGUUGAAGAUGUGACUUUUUUCCUAGAUGUCUGGUGGGAGAUCAUGAAAAAUGAUAAAAACAGCAACAAAGAUGAUCUUGUUGAAUCCUUUUCAACUGUUGCAUGCCAGUACUUGACCAAGACUGAUGAUGAAGUUUGCCAAAGUUUGAAAAGAUUCAAGCUAGAUCCUGAGCAAUGCGUACCUCCAGCUGAUAACAUUCUUGCUGUGUUUUUAGAGGGGCUUCAUAAAAUCAGGCCAAACAUUGAUAACAGCAAAUUGAAGUGCUACACAAUAGCAAAUCUAGCAGACAUGUUGUGCUCAUCUGCUUUUAUAGAGAAAGAGUCAGGUGAUCUUCCUAUAAGACUUUACUUGGAAAAGCUAGUUGCUGUCCUUUGUUUUUGUAACACAAAGGUCAAGGAUGAUGAUCUUCAAAAAAGCCAUCUGGAAAUGCUUAGAGAAGCAGAGAGGAUUGUGCAGAGUGGCAGCACUGCCUCCAGGUUCCCCUUACUGAAAGGUGCCCGACAUUUUGGCUUAAACAUUUUGAAAGACCUGCUGCUUAAUUGGGGGCAAGAACUGCACAAUUACAUGAAUAACAGUGACAAACUCUCCUAUGAAUGUUUUAGGAUGAAUGGCAGUCUUGCGUCUCUGCAUAAAAACUUGGUUGCAUUAGAGCCUAGUGAGACUUUUUCUGAUGAACAAAAAGUAGAACUAGCAAACUGCAUUUCUGUCCUUCUGGAGAAAACUACCAACAUUCAGAUAACAUGCAAGAUGAAUGAUGUGGACAUGAUGGCUACUGUUGCUAGAAACAUUAUUGACAAUAAAAUGUGCCGUUAUAAAGAAGUCUGUUCUGAAUUUGCAUCUGAACUUUCUUGGGCGUUCUCCACUGACUGGCUUAAUUGUCUUAAAAUCAAUAAAGAGACUUUUCUUAAACCAGACCUUAUACUGGAGUUGUUGGAGACUGUUGUGAAAGCCACAUAUGAGCAGAACAAUCCAAAUAUCAUGGAGAUUCGGAAAUCUACAGCUAUUAUCUUGGAUCUGUUCUGUGAGCUGCCACUAGCUCAGAUGGAUGAUGUGUUGUUGAAAGCCCUAAAUAAGUGGGGUGAGAAAGGUCUAUCUCACUGCAUGUCUGCCUUUACGGAUAAUUUCCAAGAGGAGCUCAACAUGGCAUUUAACCAAAUAUCCCAGACUGGAACAGACAAUAUCACAGUCUCAAGAGUGGCUAGGCUGGCCCUGUUGUAUCCUGAGAAUGUCAUAAGCAGAGCUUGCCACUUUGCUGUUUCAAAUCUUGGUGCUCAUGUAUUUUUAGCAAAAAUAUUGACUUCACUUCCUGCUUUAAGCUUUAGGGGUUCCUAUGAUGGAGUCCAAUCUGUCUCUUUAUUGUCUCGCUGCUUGAUGGAGACUUGUUGGGGGAAACUGUCCACUGAUAAAGAAGAAAGUCAGUUUUUGAACUUGCUGGGCUAUUUAAUGAGUCCUUCUGAACCUACAGGUGAAAAUGCUUCUUUAUUACAAUCGGCAGAAGUAGUGAGGACGUUUGUCCUUCCAUAUAUACUUGAUGAAUGUGUUCAUGUAGAGUUGUGCUUGCAUAUUCUGCACAAAGCUCUAAAUGUGGAGAACCGGCAAGAUGCAUCUACCAAGCACUGGGUUCUUUCCUGCUCGCCUUUUCCUCUUAUUAUGUCUCUUUGUAAACUCCUUAAUAGCUUCAGUAGGUGCUGGCAACAAUCGGAUAAGCCAUAUUGUCUCACACUGGGAUCCAAGGAGUUAAUUAUUGGAAUUCUCUCACAGAUCUGUACGCUGAUAUUGCCAGAAGCUGAAACUGGCCCCGAAACCUGGGGCAAGUCCCUCUUUUGGCUGCACAGGAAAAUGGAGCAUUUAGAUUGGGUUAUACGCUUGAGGCUGAAGCCCCUAUUUGGAGAGCACUUUAAAAAUGAAGCACCAGCCUCCUUGUUUGAAGUUUGUAAGCUGCCAGAGUGUGACUGGACAUCAGUUCGUCUCCCAGAGUAUGGUCCAGGUACAGGGCUAUUGGCUUGGAUGGAAUGCUGUUGUAUUUCAGAAGAAAUGAAAGAUCUAAUGCUUUCUCUUCUCUGUGUCAACACAGAAGACCCCGAUGAGCUUAAUUUUUUUAGUAAAGGAUUUUUAGUAGCCAUGGUACAAGUCCUGCCAUGGUGCAGUGCAACAGAAUGCAAACUUCUUUCUCAGGUCGCGAUGAGCCUUUUGAAAGGACAUUUUCUUCACGUCCCAUAUUCUCUGGAGUAUAUACAGUUUAUGCCUCUAUUAAAUCUCCGUCCUUUUGCUUAUGAUCUUCAGUUCUCUGUUCUGUUACUCAGAGGGUUCCAGCUUCUCUGUAGUGCGAGCUGUUCUAACUGGCUUACCUUUGAUGGUCAAAAGCACAUUGCAAAACUCUAUAGUGUCUGCAUAUCUGACAUGCUGGAAGCUGUCAAACAGCAUCUGGCAGAAUACAAUCUACAAGUGCAUAAACUUGAUAAAGAAUCGGACUGUGUACAAGAGGUGUUAUUUAUAUACAGUCAGGUAUUUUGCCAUGUUCUCCAUAUAACUGCUAUGAUGCCGGAAAAUACAUGUGAACCUCUCUUCUUCUUGUCACUAGAAAUUCUUUCCCUGUAUCAAAGUCUGAGAGCUACUGACACUUCCAAACAAAGUUCGCUCAGGCAGGCAAAUGAAAGACAUUUCUUGAAGUCCAUAACUGAGAAUGUGAGCAAUGAGCACCAUCGAGCUACACUAAUGCAGAAAAUCAACAAGCUAUAAAGACACAUCUAUACAUUAUAAAUAUAUUGCCUAUUAUUCACUUAAUACCAUACCCUGCAUUUUGUGCCCUAUACAUGGAUUCUUAAAGGGGUUAUCCAGGAAUCGAAAAACAGGGAUCAUUUCUUUCAAAGACCGCUUCCUGUCUGUCUCCAGGUUGGGUGUGGUAUUACAACUUGGCUCCAUUCAAUUCAAUGGAACCGAACUGCAGAACCACACCCAACCUGGAGACAGACAGGGAGUGGUCUUUGAAAAAAAAUUAUCCAUGUUUUUCGAUUCCUGGAUAACCCCCUUAAACUAGAACUUCCACAUCCAUGAUAGACAUAUCCUUUUCUAGUUGCUGAACCUGGAUAGUCAUGAUCAUCAUUGCCACAGAAAAGCUCCAGAGGAGCAAGUGCUUUUGGCAAGGCUUCUUCAUGUACAUUUUAGCGUUUGCUAGUCUGAAAUUUUCAAUUAUAACAUAUUAUUACAUCAUCCAAAUAGGGUUUUUUUCUUGGACUCUAGUAGUAGCAAAUUGUUAAUGAUAAAAAAAUAAAAAAAUAAAAAGUUUGUGCAUGACAUCUGAAGAAAACCAGUUCUGAAAUAAAAGCCAUGAGUUUUUUUUCUUGUUUUUUGACAAAUUCUUUGAAAUGACUUCUGUAUCAUUUCCCUGACUAUCACUGAUGGACCAUAGCUUUCUAUCUUAAUAAAAAGCUUUUACCUGUUACUUUGUUUAAAGGAUGAAUUAUGAAUUUAUUUAUUAAA